UGUUUAUUUAUUUGCACACCUGGUAUGCCCGUGCUGGUUCACGGGGCGCUGGGCAGCCGGUGGCGGCCAGGCGUCUGCGGUGGCCUGUAUUUCCUGCAGGCGCCCUGUGCUGUGCGUAGCGAGCGCGGUUAUAAUAUUCCUCGGUGCCAGCUGGUCCGCACUGAACCUCAUGGUCCGCCUUAAUCUAGGGAAAACCUUUCAAGAAUGUUGGUAGCUGUUCAAAAAUACUAUUUAGAAAAAAAAAGUUACAGCGUACCUUGGGCAAAACCAGAGGUGAUUUUUUUUCCUCGUUUCGUGGUCCCUGUUUACGCUGUUUACGCCGUUCCUUAAAAGACAGUCAUCCAGCUGGGUGUUUAAGUAGCUCCCCGGCAGGUCUUGCCUGCCGAGUGCUCCGGCAUACAAAUGCAGGGCAGUGAUUCCCGGGAGGGGGGCAGCAGUGCGGUGCAGUGCGGUGCGGGUGCUGAUCCGGCUUUCCUGCACUCCCUGUUAAUCGGUGUGCCGAUCAGGCCGGCCAGGGAAACAAAAAUAAUGCACACUUUCAGUUUUCCCGUAUUUGGCCUAUAGGCAAAAGGUGAGCAAAAGACCUGCCAAGUGGAAAUCUGUGGCUCCACGAAAGCAAACCAGACUGGCAGUUCACUGACCCUGUUUUGCCAGGACGUUCUCACCUGAUAGAGAACAUGGAUGAGAUCUGUGACUUUUCUGUUUUCGGUAACGUUCCUAUAUGAGUGAAAGCUCUGCCUAGAUGCAGAUGAUGUCUGCAUGAGCAUUUUUUUUCCUGUGGCAUGUUGAUUUCCUAAGCAAUAUAAAUCCAUAAGCGAUAGUAGCAAAAGUAAUUUUCUCUAUGUAAGCAGUGACCACGAUAUAAGAGGGUUUACUCUAUAUAAGCAACUCUUCACUUCUCGAAUUCUCUGACUUUGAAAUUAAUUAUAUAAGAAACCUUUUCCAUGUUAAAAUAGAUAAGCUUCAGAGUCUAUGCUUGUGUAUCCUGCAAAUAUGACUUAGCUUAUCUUAAAGGCUGUAGAGUCUGAAAGCAAACUAAAGGAACCCCUAUUUCCUCAGGGAUGUGAUCAGGAGUUUUGCAUGUUUGGUUUUCACUGUCUUAUUACAGUCCCUGUUGAGUCAAUUGUACAUUUUAUCUAAAACUUUUCACAGUUUGCAGGCUUGAACAGAACGUGUGCUUUCAUUGAGAUGAAAGGUUUUUUUUUUGGUCCAAAUCGAUUGAUUUUAGUGUGCAACAAUGUAACUCUCUUAUAAAACAUAAGGAUAGGGGCUGGCCCUAUUAGAUAGAUAGUCAGAUGUCCGGUAUACUGCAAGCACUGGAUGUCACGUGUAUAUUGAUAGCAGCUUCUUUGGGUAGAGCAAGACAUUGCAGUCCUUGAGGAGACACCACUCUGGAGUGCUGCAGGUAGGGAACAGUACGGACUGAGGCACUACCAGACCCCGAGUCCCAUGCAAAGAUGGGGAAUUGGUUAGAUGAGAGAUUCAGUUGAACCCAGCAGGCAACCUGUGCCCUUUGCUAUAGAGAAAGGCAAAGUGGGACCCAGUUACCUGCAAAUCUGAGCUGAAGGAAAACUUCUCUGCAAAUAUAGUGAUUUGACUCCGGAACCUGUGAGGAAAUCACACCAACCAAAUGUUAAAGUAGGUCAACCCUGCAGAAAUGGAGAUAGCUUUGAAUGUGUUUAUAUGCUUAUUAACUCCAUACUAUCAUGUCUAACAGCAUAGGCUACCCCACACAGCGCGUUGACUGUGCCUCUCAGGUGGGUUCGGGGAGGAGGGGCUGAAUUCUCUGCUUCCCUGGCUAUCUUGCUAGCAAUACUUGAGACAGCUAGUUUAAAAACAGGAGCUGCAUUUCCAGUAUUGAAGUCUUGCAUUACAAAAAGGUCAUUGUCCCUGUUGCAGUGUUUGUUCUUAGAGAGCGUCCCUGCUGUGAUACCUCAGAGGAAGAAAACAGUGAUUCCCCCUGAGCUGUCUGAGUGACUGAGACAAAAUAUUCUCCCUAGGCAGUUUCAGAAAAGUAGCUGGGACUAUGAAAUACGAGAUCUCCUGGCUAAUGGCAGCAGUGCAGGCAAAGUUGUUUUUUUCCAUGUCUUAGGAAAUUGUUCGAUGCAGAAGCAGAUCAUUCUUGCUUUGUUAUGCUUCACAAUUAGCAAGUUAUUUUCAGAGUAGGUAACACAUGAUGUUACAUUUCUGUUUACCCAUGAAAAAGUCCUUAAUUGCAGCUACAAGGGCAAUGAAAACUAAGAAUGUACCAGAGAAGAUUUUCUGAAACAAGGAAUCCUUUCCUGGAUAUAAACCCUGGUUGCAGUGGUGAGAGGGCCGACCACUGGACCACCAGGGGAGUAGCGUUCAGAGUCAGGUGCUGUCUAGUUAUUUUUAGAAAUACCUUUCUUUGCCGCACAAGUCACACUGACAAAAGGUUAUGCCUCUUCUCUGGCUUGCUAUGUCUAGAGAGAGAAACCCAUCAGUGAAACUGUCAGCGAUUCAGCCUCCUGCCAGCGCAGAAGCAGCCUGUGCCUGUGCCUGCCUGCAUCCUUGUGAUGCUCGCUGGAGAAGAAUGAUUUUCCCGAAAGCGCCAGGGAAGGAACGUGGGCGGCUGAUGUUUCUUUUCACUCAUCAGAACGAAAUGGCUGUGUGUCGCUAAAACCAAGGGAUUCAGCCUGGAUAUGAGGUACUGAAGGGAAAAAGAGCAUAACGCUUGGCUGCCCACCUUGCCCGUUUAACUGUACAUAAUGGAGACCAAGGAAGAGAAGAAGGAACGAAGACAAGGCUAUUUUGCUCGUUUGAAAAAGAAAAGGCAAGCCAAACAAAACACUGAGACUGUCUCUGCCAAUUCCUCUGGAUCUCCUGUUUCCAAAACUACUUCUGAGAAAGAUGAUGAAAGCAAAGCCAUUUUGGAGCAAAUCAGCUCUUCUGAAGACAACUGUAGAUUUGCUGGGGAAAAGGAAACUGCUCCAGACAAAGAGAAGAAAAAGAAAAAAUACAAUCAACUGAAAGACAUCAGGCGCACAGAACUUAAAAGAUACUAUAGUACUGAUGACAAUCAAAACAAAACUAAUGAAAAGAAGGAGAAAAAAAUGGUUUCUCAGAAACCCCAAGGCACCAUAGAAUAUACUGCUGGAAAUCAGGACACCAUAAACAGCAUAGCAUUGAAGUUUAACAUCACCCCAAACAAGCUUGUGGAACUCAAUAAGCUUUUUACGCACACAAUUGUUCCAGGACAGAUUCUCUUUGUGCCAGAAACAAGUGCUGGGAGGUUGUCGUCUUUCAGCCCUGGUGCUCCUGUUUCUCCUUCGUCAUCAGAUGCUGAAUAUGAUAAACUUCCUGAUGCUGAUUUGGCAAGAAAGGCCUUCAGACCAGUUGAGAGAGUCCUAUCUUCUACUUCAGAAGAGGAUGAGCCUGUUGUUGUCAAGUUCUUAAAAAUGAAUUGUCGUUACUUCACAGAUGGUAAGGGUGUAGUUGGAGGAGUCAUGAUAGUAACGCCAAACAACAUCAUGUUUGACCCACAUAAGUCUGAUCCGCUGGUAAUUGAGAAUGGCUGUGAAGAAUAUGGGCUUAUCUGCCCCAUGGAGGAAGUUGUCUCUAUAGCUCUCUACAAUGACAUUUCUCACAUGAAGAUUAAAGAUGCAUUGCCAUCUGACAUACCAAAGGAUCUUUGUCCUCUGUACAGGCCAGGAGAAUGGGAAGACCUUUCAUCUGAGAAAGAUAUCAAUCCUUUCAGCAAAUUCAAAUCCCUCAGCAAAGAAAAGAGGCAGCAGAAUGGGGAUUCACCCACUGCUCUGGGUGCCAAAGAAAUAAAGCCUUCAGAUAUAGAAAAGUCUGCUGAUUUUGAAGUUCUUCAGUCUUCUGAGAGUACAGGCUCAAUCAAAUCAAAGUCAUUGGAGUUUCCCAACAACAUGACUGCCACUGAGCAUUUGGAAAAGUCUGCUGCAGAGCCACAUGCCAAGGAGCCUUCUGGGGAAAAAAGUGUUUCAGACAUCAAAACCAAAGAAAAUUCUCUCCUGGGAGGAGGAGGGGAUGAUUUCAUUGAACUGGAGGAGACUCCAGCUUGUAUGGACAGAGGGUUGGACAGGAAAGGCUCAAUAAUGGAAGGCUUUCUGGCUGACCCCAGGGAGCUGGGGAGAACUAAGCAGCAGGUAACCAAACCCACUACAGAAGUCCAGGAGCGCUUGACAGUUGAUUCCUUGGAAAAAAAGGACAAUAUUGAACCUAAAGCUGACUUAGACUUAGAGCUGUGUGAAAAGCAAGAUGUUAUUCCAGAAGUAAACAAAUGUAUCAGUUCCCCAACAGGUAAGGUGGAGACUGCAUUGGACACUAAGAAAGAGCUAGAGAAAGAUAAACUUAUUGAAUUUUACCUCAAUAAAGAUGGGAAUGGGUCUCGGUCAUCUGAAGACUUGCACAAGGCUGAAAUCCAGAAAGGUGAAAACAAUAAAGCAAUUGGCAUAGACCUUACACUUAGCAGUUCAAAGUCCCAAGCUAAUGAAGUCCAUACAGUUAAAAGUAUGGAGCUUGAUUCCUGCUGUGUUGAAAGGAAAGCACCUUCAUUAGAAAUCAGCUCAGCAGCAGCAGAGGAAAAGGAUCUGAAAGAGUCUGUGGACUCUUCAUUAGUACCAGCUAUAGACAAGACCUGUCAAGAAACACAGUUAGACAAUCAAUCAGAAAUCAGACUGUGGCUGCUGCAGAAAAUUCAAGUGCCAAUUGAAGAUAUGCUUCCUUCAAAAGAGGAGAAGAGUAAGACUCCUCCAAUGUUUCUGUGCAUUAAAGUGGGCAAGCCCAUGAGGAAGUCCUUUGCGUCUCAGAGCACCACCAUGUCUCAGCAGUACAGUAAAAAGAUAAAGCAACCAGAGUACUGGUUUGCUGUUCCUCGGGAAAGGGUGGAUCACUUAUACACAUUUUUUGUUCAGUGGUCACCAGAAAUAUAUGGGAAAGAUGCUAAAGAGCAAGGUUUUGUUGUAGUAGAAAAGGAGGAGCUUGAUAUGAUAGACAACUUCUUCAGUGAGCCAACUACUAAAAGCUGGGAGAUCAUUACUGUAGAAGAAGCAAAAAGACGAACGAGGGUUUGCAGUUACUAUGAAGAUGAUGAUGAUGAUACUUUACCUGUCCUAAAGCACCACAGUGCUCUCCUGGAGAAUAUGCACAUAGAGCAGCUUGCCCGGCGUUUGCCAGCAAGAGUGCAAGGAUAUCCAUGGCGGCUUGCAUACAGCACACUGGAGCAUGGAACUAGCCUGAAGACUCUGUACCGUAAAUCAGCAUCUCUUGACAGUCCAGUUCUCCUUGUUAUCAAGGAUAUGGACAACCAGAUAUUUGGAGCGUACGCUACGCAUCCAUUCAGAUUUAGUGACCAUUACUAUGGCACAGGUGAAACAUUCCUCUACACAUUCAGUCCAAAUUUCAAGGUAUUUAAAUGGAGUGGCGAGAACACCUACUUCAUCAAUGGAGACAUGAGCUCUCUGGAACUCGGAGGUGGAGGUGGCCGGUUUGGCUUAUGGUUAGAUGCAGAUUUGUAUCAUGGGCGAAGCAACUCCUGCAGCACCUUCAAUAAUGACAUCUUAUCUAAGAAAGAAGAUUUCAUAAUACAAGACGUAGAAGUAUGGACAUUUGAAUGAAAUACUGACUGCCUUAAGGACUGGAUCCAUUAGGCACUUAAAAGCUAAAGAGAAGGUGCAGGCUGCCUCACAAUGUUACACGCUUCUUUCUCAAAUUGUACCAGAGCAUGACUACGCAAAAAAAAAAAAAAAAAACCCAAAACAACAAAAAAAUCUGGUUUUGAGAGGCAGUAAGAGACAGAACAAUAAGAUGUGAUGCUUAUGAAAACAUUCAUGGUGUAUGAGUUGAGAACUUUUCCUGUAACUGUGAAAAAGAUACUGUGGGAAAACUAUAACUGUCUAGUACAUUCCAUGUGUAUUUAUGUUCAACAUAUAAAUGCUAACCAAAAAUAAAAGGUUAUGUUACCAAAAUCUACAGCAUACUGUUUGCCAUGGAAAAAAAGUCUGAAGUAGGUGUACACAGCACUUAAGGGAACAUGUUUUUAAGAUCUUUUUAUUUAUUGUUAUUGUAUAGCAGAUUUUUUUAAAAUAUCUUAGCUAUGAGUUUUUUCUUUUAAUGUUUCAAAUCUCAAUUUGAUAAACAAUUGCUAUUCAGGUAGGUUUCUUAUGCAUUGGCAUUUAUUCUGAAUCAAUUUAUUUGAUUUCUGAAGUUAAUUUUUAUAUUUUUAUUUUGUAAAUGAGAUUUGGUUUUCACUUUACCCUAGUUAGAGGGUUUGUUUUCUGGCAGAAACGCUUGAGUGCAUAAUUCUGGUUUUCUCUGAGAUGAGGGAAAGGUAGUUAGUGCUUCGUAUUGAGUCUGCUGCCGCGCUCCUGUUAAUAGAUUAUUUUGGCAGUAUAUGGAGACACUGGGCAAACUACCAGCUGGUAUAGACUGUAUCAGCUCUGUUGCAGUCAAGAAUCGGGACAGCAUGCUCUGAGCAUCUGUCCUGGUAUUAUUUGACUGUUUACUAAAGAGAUUUCUAAGAGAAGAUUGCUUCUCUGUAUCACCAUCUGAUUCAAAAUAAACUGCCCACUGUGCUUUUAUGAGCACUUUUUUACAAAUUGAAGAAUAACUGUUUUGUUAAGGAGAAAAUAUAAUCUUGAGAUACGGAGCAGAAUGUUAUUUCCCUAACAGGCCAGGUCAUGUUAGUGUAAUACCUGUUUUUGUAGUAAUUAAUAUACGAUUUCCUUCCUGAAAAAGACUUGAAGCAACAGGCUGGUUUAGGAUUUGACAGGUAACUAAAUAUUUUUCUUUGUUUUUCAUAAAAUACUUGUCACUUUUCCCCUUCCCCCCUCAACACUAAAAAGAUUCCAGGUUAUAAAGCUAGGCUGAACUCUAAACAAGUCAGUGUUAAGAAAUUUUCAGUAAAUAGGGAAAAUGUAAGAGAGCACUGGGAAUCUUUACUGUUUUCUAAAGAAUUCUGCUUUGCAAUUAAGCUAUACUUUAAACAGAAGUUUAAACAAUCCAAACCCUGCCAAGAUGGACUUUCUGGCAACACCAGGAUGCUGUUCUAUCCUUAAAACCAAAAGUAUCUUUGUCUUGGAAAAGGUAGGUUUUAGAAAUGGUAAUGGGCUUCCAUGCAUUGAACAGUACAGACUAAUUUUGGAAUAUUAAUAAUUGAGAAAUACUGUUCGAUUUAGUUACUGCUCCUCCCUUUCUUAAUAUAUUCAGAAAAGUAAACAUGACAAGCGGUUUUCUUUCAAAAACAUUAACAAAUCUUAAUCCUGCACAGAAAUUUCACAGUCUAAAAACCAAUGCUAAGUCUGUAUCACGCUGCACAUAAGCUUUUCACACUUGUUCUUCCAGGUGGUCUAAUACAGCCAUGAAUACAGUUCUUAUUGGUAAUGCUGUAAAAUAUUUUGGAAGUUGCUAAUAGCAUAAUGCUUUGACGAUACCAGGAAUAUCUACUACUGUUUGCUCUUUUUACUGGUGGCAGACCACUUACUAGUUCAAAAAAAAAACAAACAAAAAAAAACCCCACACAUGCAACAAGUUCAACAUUUUGCAUACGUUUCACUAUUGUUACCUACAACUUACUCCAUUAUAUUAUACUUGUCAGAGGAUAUCUAGACGCUGUGUUCUAUAUUCAAAACAGUGUUGUUCAAUCAAAAUUCUGUGACCCUUGAAACUAUGAAUAUUGAACAUAUGUAAUGCAGUGCUAUCACAUUAUUUUCAAUAAAGGAAUUUAUGCAUUCA